GGUACUAUAUGUGAAGUUGAAAUUGUAAUGGGGAGAUUUGCAAUGAUCUUACCACUUCGGCCACCGCCGGGAUCGGUCGCCUAAAAAGGAAGGAAUCUGCGCGCCUCCUCCAGUGCCCGGGGCCUUGUGGAAGAGUAUUAGAUUCUUCCAAAUCCAUACUUUGCUUCUUGGGUUUUGCAAGCGAAUCGGAGGAUUAGGGCUGCCCCUUCACCGCCUCUUCCUGCUUGCGGGCGGCGAGGACUCGAUGAAGAAGGGGGUAUGGGUUAUCUUCUUCGCUGUUCUUGCACGGAUCCUGCUCGACGCCGAUCGAUACGCUAGCGCAGCAGAGACCAAUGGCACUGUGACGGAUACCAACAUUCACGUUGCUAAUCCUGAUACUGAUAAGACGAUCAUUGUUGGCAAAGAAAAUAAGAGUCCUAAUCUGGAUAAAGCAUCCCAAAAGAAUGUGAAUGAAAGUUUACAAGGGAUGAGAGAUAAGUCAUUGGAUGAGCCAAAGCCAGCAAGUUAUGGUGAAAACCACAGUGUUACAACCUCUACAACACCACCACUGGAAGAUUUCCUUAUGGAAGGGUGUGAUUCAUCAGAUAGUUGCAUUGAUGAGAAGGAUAAAUUUGUUGCUUGCCUCAGAGUCCCUGGUGAAGAUUCUACACACCUUUCACUUCUGAUAAGGAACAAAGGGACAAAAGCCCUUGAUGUUAAGAUUGUUGCCCCUCAUCUUGUCCAUCCUGAGGAUACGUUGGUCAAUGUUAAACCAAAUCUAGACAGGGAGGUGAAAGUUUUUGUCAAAAAUGGCGCAAGCGACACAACAAUCACUCUUCUUGCAAAAGAUGGUAAUUGCAGCCUCAAAUUUCAGAAUACAAUCUUAAUUUCCCUCAAGAAUGGAACCCCUCGAAUGCCCAAGUAUCUCAGUCUCUUCUCCAUUAGCAUCUUUCUUACUGCAGUUGCCUUUGCUGGAGCUGCUUGGUUAUCCAUCAGAUUCUGGCGCAAGCAUGCUUCCAGAUACCAGAAGAUAGACACAGUGCUGCCUGUUUCGGCUGGUGGAACUAAGGAAGCUGAUGAGUCAGAUGAUUGGGACGACAGUUGGGGAGAUGGUUGGGAUGAUGAGGCACCUAAGACACCUUCAAAGCCUGUGUCGACUCCAUCCUCCAACGGUCUUGCAUCAAGGAAAUUAAACAAAGAUGGUUGGAAGGAUUAGUUUUACAUUUCCGAAUCCAGACCCAAAAUGUAACUGUUACUAGAUUUGUCGGCAAUCUUCCACAGGACUUUUUUUUUUCUUCACUUGCCAGGAUGCAGACAAUUACUACUAGGAAAAUCUCUGCAGGAGUGCACAGAAUACUCUAUCAACCUUUUAACAGGCGUUUAUUUGAAUGGAAUUGGAGUGCCCCUGUUGGUUUCUAA